CUGUCCCAGUCUUCCCACGUGUCCUCCUCCCCAGCUGCCAACAUCAGGACCAGGUAAUGUCACACACUGGAGUGAAAACUCUUCUCUGACGCACAUGCCUGAUGACGCGGAAGGUCCGGUUCUACUUCUUUUGGCGCCUCAUCCGGAUGGAUUCAGAGUUGACCUUUUGGGGCUGCUCGGUGUGGGCAGCAGCAUCGCCAUCAGAGGACAAGUCAUACCUAUGGCCGAAGAGUUGAUGUUCGAGCUGGUCACGGCCAACGACACUGCACUGCUCCUGGUCUUUCGCGUGAAAGACGAAAAGAUUCUUCUGACCGCCGACCUGAAUGGGACCAAAAAUAUCGAGGAGAAAGAGAUGGACUCUUUCCUCUUUGGACCUGGACACAACUUUGAGGUGAUCAUCCGGUGCCACGUCGACCGCUUCCACCUGAGCGUCGACGGCGCCCAGCAGCUGGAGGUCGUGAACUGGGUUGGAGACCCGCAAAGCAUUACGGCACUAACGAUCGGGGAUACCCUGUUGCUUAAGGACGUGAGGCUGAAAUGAUGUGACCGCCGCGGC